ACCCCACACAGUUAUUCACACCCCAAAGAUCGCGAUCCCGUCCACAUCCACCUCCAAAAAGCUCACAUCUUUCCUCCAUCAGCCGGCUGGACAGGACAGCCGGCCUACCCGAACCACCAAAGGCAGGCGCAUCGAUGCCUAGGAGUAGCGCUCCAGCUCACCGGCCAGCAAACCCGAUGGCGCUCGUCAAGGCCAAGCCCGCCGGCGCGUCCACCUCCGCCGCCGCAUCGCCCGCGGAGCCCCUGUUCGUCGUCGUCCUCGACGGCGUCGAGACGCCCAUCCGCGAGGGGACGCUCUACGGCGGCGACGGCGGCACGGUCACCGUCACCGCCCCGGGCCACCUCUCCGCCGAGGGCCUCCGGAGCGUCCUCGUCCUCGUCCGCGGCGGCGACGGGGCCGGAGGCGCGAGCGCGACCACCGCGCGGUUCGCGCUCUGCGCCGACGCGGCCGCCGAGGGCGUCGGCGCGGUGGCGUUCGACCGGUGCGGCGCGGCGCGCGCGGAAGGCGCGCGGGAGGUGUCCGCGACCCGGUGCCGCGCCGCGGAGGUGGAGCGCGCGGGGAAGGUCACCCUCGAGCGGUGCCGGGACGCGCGGCUCCGCGGCGGCGGGGCCGUCCGCGCCGCGCGGUGCCGGCGCGCCGACGUCGAGAGCUUCGGCGGCGCGCGCCUCGCGCGGUGCAAGGCCGCGCGGCUCGACUGGUGCGGCACCGUGGAGGUCGACAUGUGCAGGGCCGUCCACGUCACCCGCUGCGGCGCCGUCACCGGGGAGCGGUGCCGCGUCGUGAAUGCCGCCGGGUGCGGGACCGUGGCCGUGGCGCACGCCGAGGUAAACAUGCUGGAGGAGGGGAGGAGCAGCGGCUGCAGUGAGAGCGCGUUCUCGGCGCCGCCGCCGGCGGCGACAGCGCCGUGGACAGAUGAAGAGGAUUCGGCAGCUGCAAGUGCAAGUGCUACUUUGUAAGAUCUGCUUGGAAAUGGAACACGAAGUCGUGCAUAAAUUCUUCAGUGGGAUUCAUGGUUCGUGAUUAGUUGCUUGAAUGAAUCCUCGCUACAUCUUUCUGAAUUGGUGGAACGGGGAUCGGUUCAGUAGCUCGGAGUCCUGACCGUUUAGUUCUGUGAUAGCAACUUCCAAAUUUCAUUUCAAAGUUCGAAACCAACCAGUAGCUAAUCUAAUAGUCACACUCCUAUGAACCGUAUGGUUUCCUUUUUGAUCUGUUCGUGAGGGAGCGAAAAAGUCCUGGACUCCUGCACCCUUGCGGCCUUGCCCCUUUGCUUUGGCAAAUGAAUGAGAGGUGACAGCAACAAAAACAAAAAGACAAAAUAGCCACUUUGGUCCUUUAAUUUUGCUUCAAGAGUCAAAUUAGUUAUUCAGCUUUCAAAAAAACCAAUUUGAUCCCUCAAUUUUUGUUUUUAGGUCAAUUGGCCCCUAUACUUUUGUGAUGCUCCAUAAUACCAUGAGAUAGAUGCGAAAAGUCAUUUUUACCCUUAGCUCCUUCUCAUACUCAAUUUCCAUUAUUGUAUAGUUGUAAUUAAUCAAUAAUAUGUCACAAUAGAUCUAUUA